AGUUUCAGGUAAUGAUGAUUGUGAUGCAGGAGUCAUGAUGUUGAUGGUGCAACUGGUUAAUGGCGUCACCUACCUGUGAGACGUGCUAUACCUAGAUGUUGGAGUGCAGGCGGUAGUUGGAGAUGCGGCGGUGGUGGCGAUGGGUGGCGUGUGCGGGAGGCUGGAUAGCUCUCACCUACACCUUCUUCCUUGGCUUCGUCACCAUCGUCUCCCUGACUGAUCCUUCUCUCAUACGCACAUACCAGCCACCCCUUGACAACAUGGCGCCUCGGGGAUCAUGGGGCUGGACAUCUCGGCGUGGUGGACGGGGAGCUCGACUACCUUGGUGUCAGCCACUACACUGGAGGGAGCCUCCAGGACCCGCCACCGCCCUCGUCUCCUUCCCUGGCUCUGGAAACACCUGGAUCAGAUACCUUCUCCAGCAGGUAACCGGUUACUAUUCAGGAAGCGUCUACAAGGAUUACGCCCUUAUGAAGAAUGGCUUCCCAGCAGAGUCUAUCUCCAAUGGCUCCGUUGUGGUGGUGAAGACUCACGAAUGGGGCCCUGAGAUACGGAAGUCGUUUUCCAGAGCAAUCUUGGUGAUGAGAGAUCCAUACCUGGCUAUUCAAGCAGAAUUUAAUCGGCAAAGUGGUGGUCAUAUUGGUCAUGCUCAGCCUGACAAAUAUACACGAGACGGAGGCCACUACUGGGAGAAGUUUGUGACUAACAAAGCCUUGGCGUGGAUGAACACAACUCUUGAUUGGUUAAAAUUUAGUGGUCCUCUACAUCUAGUUUUCUACGAGGACCUCCUGGAUAAUCUACCCGAAGAGAUGAGAAGAAUACUCGAGUUCUUAGAUCUGGAGGUCACGGAAAAUAAUUUUGAUUGCAUGAUAAGGCAUCAAGAUGGAAUAUAUAAAAGAAGAAGGAGGCCAUUGAAUUUUGACCCAUUUACACCUAAACUGCGAAAAUUUGUAGACAAAUGUAAACGUCUGGUAGACCAAGCAGUGAGGGAGGUCCUGGCUGGUGGCGAUGUUAAACUGGUAUUAAAUAAUUUGAAAUAUUCCAAUGAUAGCAACGGGAACCAGAAGUCUGUAACUAGAUGAUGAUCAGACGGGAGCAACUUUUAUUUUAAGUUAGUUAUAGUCUACGUAGAUUACAUCAUUGUCCAUGUUAUGAUUAGGUUCCAUUUACUGUGUAACUGUGAUAUUUUACUAAUUAAAAUUAAUCAUAUUUCGUAUUUGUAUCCAUGAUUUCUUUCACGGACUUUAAAAUGUUAUUAUUUAUGUGUAUAUGUCAAACCUCUUUUACAGGGUAUACUUUCCUAGUUAGGUGCCCAUGAAGACAUGCUUCUUGGUAACUUGUAUCAACACAUGCCCUCUUGUCUAUGCAAAUCUUCAGUCUUCUCCUCAUUUACUUCACACUUUUAUAAUAUAGAUUCUACAUUGCCCAGCAUGUUCACCUCCCUUCUAUCCCUGGAUAAUUAUAUAGCCUCUUGCCCAACACAUUUAUAUUAAUUACCUUUGUUUACCAUUCCAUUUAUAUUCACUUAUAUACUGAUUAGCCAGUAACGACUACAAGUACAUGCUACUCUAUGCGAUCCUCUCAAUUAGUCAUUAGAACAUCCUAUUCUAUUCUAUUUGAUUUGCUGGUAUGGAUCCCGGCCCGGGUCUCUUCCAAUUUGGUGACCCGGCAUUGGGCACUGGUUCCCCGGGUAGGGAAGUGUCGUUUAUCUUUUCUCUAACAUGCGUGGCAGUCCUUCGGUGGGAAGGGGGGUUCCUCUCCGGUUCUAUGGACAAAUGUCCCAAAAGUUAAAUUGCUACAACGGCGGUUGGUGCGGGGUGCAAGGGAGGCCCAAAGCAGGCGCUCACAGCGACGUCAGCGGGGGUUGUGACGUGCAAUGACUGGGAGUAAGGUUUCCAAGUCUGAUGGCUAAGUACACAAGAUGUGCCGCCUCAUCCUCCCGGGCCUGCUCCACUGGGGUCAUUGGGAAGUGUCUACAGCGAAGGGGCAUCGUAGCUGGGCAGUCUAACAGGUAGUGCACCACUGGUUUCGGAACCAUUCGGUCACAAUGGGCACAGAGCUCCUCUUGUACCGGUUCAACAAUCCGCGCAGUGGUGGGAAACCCUAAGCGUAGGCGGUGGAUAUACACCCGCAGUCUCUGGUCUGCUUCCGAAUACUUGGAGGGGGCGCCCCGCCCUGUGAGUCGCCCUGUCAUACCAGCGGAGGCUUCGUAAAUCCCCAGGGUCAGGGAGUGGGCGCCUGGCCACACUGGCAGCCCAUAGAAUAAUCUGGCUGUGGCUGAUGGAAAUUGCAACACGUGGCUGUGCCUCGAGGGUUGCGGUCUUCGCAGCCUCAUCUGCGGCAUCAUUGCCAGGAAUACCCACAUGGCUCGGGAUCCAGUUGAUGGUGGCUCUGCGACCCUGGGCCAUGAGCGUCUGCAGGUCGCCCCGGAUGGAUGUGAUUGUAUGUUGUCCUUGGCUCUCUGUGCAUAAUUGCCUGGAUUGCUGCCUUGGAAUCAACAUGGAUGACGGGGGGAUGCUGAUGGUCUGCAAUUGCAUGCUGCAGAGCUUGUUGGAUGGCAAAGAGUUCAGCCUGAAGUAUGGUGCAAUGGUCAGAGAGGCACCAACCUGCUGUCAGAUUGUUGUGGAACAUCCCAGCAGCUGUGCGGCCUGCCACUGGGUCUCUGGAGCCAUCAGUGUAAUAUGGAACACACCCUGGGCCUUCCCCACCCACAAUGCUAGCCGAGGCGAGUCGUUGCAGAAUGUCCUGGGGGCAAUACCUCCUGCUGCCUGGUAGGGCUGUCCAGUGCACCGCCAGCAGCUCUGGCGCCCAAGGAGGCAGCACCGUGUAGUUUGCUGCCGGUCUGUCGCAGCCUCCUGCCUGGAGCAAUGUCAUGGGCAGGAGCUUCCUUGUGACGUCUGCAAUUGACCACAUCCAUCGGCGGCCGGGGUGCACUGGUAUGACAUGUCCCUAGUAGACCCUUAAAUCCCUCAUCAGUUUUUCAGCCCCUGGGAGUCGGAGGUACUUUGCUAUCCUCUUGGCAGCUACAAGUUGAAUCCUGUCCUCAAGGGGCUGCAGCUGCGCCUCAAGGUUCAGAGAUACCGCAUUGGCCCACCUAGGCGCCCCCAGCAUGGCCCGUACAGCUGUGUUCUGGACCACACAGAGACACUUGAUGUUCGUGGGCCUGGCGUGAACCAGAGCAAGUGCUCCAUAGUCGAUGCCAGAGCGUACUGCCUGUAUGUAGAGCAACCUAUUAGAACAGUGGAAACUGCAGAUAUAUAUGUUAUAUUCUCUGUCCAUUUCCUUCUCGGUAGUAACACAAUAACUUGAUCAUAGUGCUUAUUAUUAUUAUUAUUAUUAUUAUUAUUAUUAUUAUUAUUGUUGUUGUUAUUAUUAUUAAGUAUUAUUAUAUUUAUUGUUAUUAUUAUCAUUAUUAUUAUUAUUAUUAUUAUUAUUAUUAUUAUUAUUAUUAUUAUUAUUAUUAUUAUUAUUAUCAUCAUUUUUAUUAUUAUUCAUAAGGAAUCGCUAAAGCCCUAGAGAUUUUACAAGGCCCGGAAAAUUUGAUGUAAUCAGACUUGUUUAAAGGAAGAGGACAAUAGUUCCAACUCCUUGGAUCAAGAGUUCCUCACCAGCAUCAAAGCUCCUACCACGAAGGAUUUCGUUCUUUGAUAAAUCUCUAUAUUUUCUCCUUAUAAGAAAACUCUCUUCCUUUCUUCGACUUAACUAUUCCAUUCAUUUUUCUUGUGUCAUCUUUCCUGAUUUUGAACUGUUUCACAUUUCUAACUUUGGUUUUUAGAGUAAGUAAUUUUCCACCUCGUACUUAGGAUAUUGAACUUUUGUGCUCAUUCCUAAAGUUGUUGCACUCUUAAUUCUUCUUCCAGCCACCGAAGGAAUUAUUUUAGACCUAGUCUUUGGCACCUUUUACAUUUAACAGGAUAUAUGCAUUCUAAAUCAAAUUCAAUGCAACACUGUGACAUCCAGGCUGUUGCUCCAUCCACUCCAAGAUUCCUAUGAUUUGUAGCAUUUUAAACUUUAUUUACGUAAGAAAAGAAUUGUUAUAUUAAUUUAGAGAGUGUAUUGUAGUCUUGGCUUUAGUGGUACUUUUUUAUAUAAAACAAUCAAAAUUUACUGUACAUAGUUUUUAUUUUUCAAAAAAUUUAAAAAAUGGUUUUUAUGCUUCAGAAUUUUAUUCAGGUCCUCUAUACAGACAAAAUAUUUUUGAAACCCUAAUGAUUUGUAAACGAGAUGUAGCAUUUUAGCAAUCUGAAUAGAUGUCUUAAUUUAAUUUUAAGCCAAUUUUAGAUAUACAGUACUUGAUAUCAGUUACUGAUAUCUUGUCCUCUUUGUACUUCAUGAAAUAUGGAUCAAUACAUCUGGAGUGUAUGGUAUUGUUGUAUAGUUAUGAAAAUAAAUCCAAUUUUACA